AUGGAACUGUUUAAUUUCGAACCCAUUAUCUUGAGAAAUCUUCAUCCAAAAGAAAUUGAUCUGUCUACUGCAAAAUCUAUAUUUCACAAGGAAGAAAACAAGAUCGAUCCUGACGACAGGAAUUCGAGGCUAUGCAGCGCUUGCAAUUUGCCGAUCUUCGCGACUCGUUCUCAAGCAACGGAGUCGGGAAGUGGUUACCUGCACAACCAGUGCAGUAAUCUGCCAAUGGAUUUAGAUGGCAGCGAUUCGCACCCUUCCUUGGAACCCCUCCAGAAGCUGCCUAAUCUCCGAAAAGGCAGCUGCUCCAACUGCGACGCUGCUUGCGGGGAUGUGUUGUACUGUUGUCGCGGCCCGGGGUGCGGUUUCCAGCUCGACGUGAAGUGCGCUUUAACGGUCAAGAUCCUGCACUGGAGCCACGACCACAGGCUGAUGGUCAUCCGCUGCUCAGCAGCGGAUGCUUCCUUUGCCUGCUGUGCGUGUGGGACCGGGCAUAGUCUGGGGCUGUCGUGGGCCCCGGCUACGCCUUUGGUCCACGUGUGCGGCACAUGUGGUUUCUGGUUGCAUCCACACUGCGCUGCACUGCCAAAUGUAAUAGAGCACCAGUGCCACAACCACCCACUUCUUCUGAAUUACGGACGCAGGUGUCCACGUCACCACGUGUCAGUGUGCGAUUUGUGGAAAGAAGUUCCCGAUGAAUACACAAGUAUUGUCCGACACAUAACCAAAAAUACACCCACCACAAGUGAUGGCAUACUGGAGCACGAACAGCCACUAAACCUGCACCAUGAGUAUCCCAUCUGCAAAGAGGCCGAUGACGACGAAGUUAAUAGCCCCCCAACCUGCAACGCGUGCAUCCAAUUUAUCUCACCUCCAUUCUACACGUGCUCUCAGUGCCCGAAACUCUUCCUCCACGACAGCUGCGCGCUUCUCCCGUCCGUGCUGAGUCAAAACCCCAUCGGCAUUGCCCUCCAACUCAUCGACCUACAAAAGUCUUUGAGAAAAAUCGAAGAAACCACGUGCUGCCAUCGCAACACAAACGGAUCCAUGUAUUGCCGUUACGAAACCAGCAUGGAUGUCUUGUGCGCCCUGAUGCAUGUAUUGCCGGCACGACGCACGUGCUUCUCCGCUCCUCCAACGAGCUGGAAGCAUGCCGCUGCUGCGGUGGAUCCCUGA